CAUCUUUUUAAAUUAUCUACGUCAACACAGAAGGGAGAAUCUGUGCAUGUUGCCUACAAAAUCUUUAAAGCACAUUCUGCACUUACGUGACUCCCCACCAUAACAUUUUUCUUCCUUCUUCUUCUUUCUAUACAAUAUAUAUUCAUUCCUUUGCAUCCCUAUGUGCAUACAUAUCUGUUACACACUAACAAUAUAAAAUGUAUAAAAUGCUUCUGCUAAUCAUCUGGGGUAUAUGCCGAUUGAUUAUUGCGGCGGGAUUUAGCCUAGACCCCAUGAAUCACUUCCUCGACGGUCAGCUAACCUUGGACCGGUCUUACGUGGAAGCGGCAUCCAUGGAUUUCGGCAUGGUGGGUAGAGUGGAGCCGGUGGCGGUUGUGAAGCCAGGGUCGGCGGAGGACGUGGCGAGAGUGGUGAGGGCGGCGUACGUGGGAGGACAGGGGUUGAGAGUGUCAGCGAGGGGCCACGGGCAUUCGAUAAACGGGCAGGCGCAGGCGGAGAACGGGGUGGUGAUUGAGAUGAACGGCGGCGGGGGAAAGGGGGGAGAGAGUCGGGUGUGGGAGAAGGAGAAGUAUGUUGAUGUGUGGGGUGGAGAGUUGUGGAUUGAUGUGCUGAAGAAGACGUUGGAAUAUGGACUAGCUCCCAAGUCUUGGACUGAUUAUUUGUACCUUUCGGUGGGUGGUACUUUGUCAAAUGCCGGCAUCAGUGGCCAAGCUUUUAACCACGGUCCUCAAAUUAGUAAUGUCAAUGAGCUUGACGUUGUUACAGGGAAGGGUGAACUCAUGACAUGUUCAAAUCAAGAGAACUCAGAGCUGUUCCAUGCUGUUCUUGGUGGGUUAGGCCAAUUUGGAAUCAUUACCAGAGCUAGAAUUCUGCUUGAACGAGCUCCCAAGAGGGUCCGGUGGAUCAGGGUGCUGUACUCGGAUUUCUCAGAGUUCACGAGGGACCAGGAAUAUCUGAUAUCCCUGAAAAUGCAUGGGCAAAAAUUCGACUAUGUUGAGGGUUUUGUUAUUGUAGACGAAGGUCUCAUCAACAACUGGAGAUCCUCUUUCUUCUCCCCUCGUAACCCUCUGAAGAUCACCUCUCUUGCUGCUCACUCUAAUGGCGGCGUAUUGUAUUGCUUGGAGAUAACAAAGAACUAUCACGAUGGAGAUUCCAUAGAUCAGGAAAUAGAGUCGUUGCUGAAGAAAUUGAAUUUUAUUCCAUCAUCAGUUUUCACAACAGAUAUGCCGUACGUAGAUUUCUUGGACCGGGUCCACAAGGCCGAGUUGAAGCUCCGAUCUAAAGGAUUGUGGGACGUGCCACACCCUUGGCUAAACCUUUUUGUUCCCAAGUCAAGAAUUUCUGACUUGGACAAGGGCGUAUUCAAGGGCAUUUUGGGAAAUAAAACAAGUGGGCCCAUUCUCAUCUACCCCAUGAACAAAGACAAGUGGGACCACAGAAGCUCCGUGGUGAUUCCAGAUGAAGACGUGUUUUACCUGGUGGCUUUCCUAAGAUCGGCUUUGGACAAUGAUGACUUGGACUUCCUAACCAGCCAGAACCGUAUGAUCCUCAAAUUUUGCGAUGAUGCAGGUAUCAAGGUCAAGCAAUAUUUACCUCACUACACUACUAGACAGGAGUGGGUCCGGCACUUUGGACCCAAGUGGGAUCAGUUUCACCAGAGGAAAAUGCAGUUCGAUCCCAGCAACAUACUUGCCACCGGCCAACGUAUCUUUAAGCCCUCCUCUCCACCUAGAAUGGCUUCAUCCUGAUCACACAACACAAACCAGACACGUUUAGUUAGCCACAUAUACGCUACUGACUAUAUUACCAACCAUAUUCUUCUCCUUUGUACAUAAUCUCAUAAACAUAUCACACAAGUAGAUAGCUGUGGCCGUUGGAGGUGUACUAGGGUUUCUAGAGAGUGAUUAAGCCAGCAAUUACUAAUUUGUGGGUGGGCCCAUUACAUGUGAAGCACUUGCCAAUCUUGUACCAGCUUCUUAAUAGGGACUGCCCCCCCUUCUUUCA